UGGCUGCGGCGGCGGCGGCUGCAGGGACGGAGGGCGCGUCACCACCAGCCCCUCACGGGCUCUCCCUCUCCCCCCUCAGGUGCCUUCGACGGCGGAUAUGGCACCGCGGGCAUCUCCGGGCCCGCGGGGGGCUACGUGCAGUCCCCGGGCGGCUUCGGCUCCCCCUCCGGCACCCAGGCGGAGAAGAAGCAGAGGAUCCGCUCCCAGAACAUCGUGCCCUGCACCGUGUCCCAGCUGCUGGCGGCCGAGCAGGUGGAGGAGACCUUCCGCGUCUGCGACGUGGACAUCUCCCAGGUCACCAUCGUGGGCAUCAUCCGGCACGCCGAGAAAGCACCCACCAACAUCCUCUACAAAGUGGACGACAUGACGGCAGCCCCCAUGGACGUCAGGCAGUGGGUUGACACUGAUGAGGCAGGUGGCGAGAAUGUUGUGGUACCUCCAGGAACUUACAUAAAAGUGGCUGGUCAUCUUCGGUCUUUCCAGACUAAUAAAAGCUUGGUGGCAUUUAAGAUCAUGCCCCUGGAAAAUAUGAAUGAGUUCACCGCACACAUGCUAGAGGUUGUCAAUGCGCAUAUGAACCUCAGAAGAAAUCUUAUGUCAGCGUCAAAAGCACCGCAGUCCUUUUCCUCCGCUGGGAUCAGUGACGUGGGGGGCUAUGGAGGGGGUGGCAGCUUCCCAGUGAACGGACUGACAGCGCAUCAGAGUCAGGUGCUAAACUUGAUUAAGAACUGCCCUAUCCCGGAAGGUAUGAGUCUUCAAGAGCUGAAAGUUCAGCUCCACAAUAUGAGCAUGUCAACAAUCAAGCAAGCAGUUGACUUCCUUAGCAGCGAGGGACACAUCUAUUCCACUGUGGAUGAUGAUCACUAUAAGUCGACGGAUGCUGAGUGAAGCUACUUCCAGCUGGAUUUAGCUGUAAGCAAAUGCUUGUCCAUGUAUCAGGUUAUCCUGCCGAGCUUUGCAACGUCGAAGGUGUACUCUUUCUAGCCUGUGAAAGCCCCAGUUAAUCUGCGAGUGCCUCCAUAGGGCGCAGGGACAAGCAGAACGUAUAGAUUCUGUUAACUGAACUUGAUUAUAUGCUGUGACCAUGUGACUGAAAGCAUAAGCAGACACAGGGAAACUGAAACCCCGAGAGCCUUCAGUUUGUUUUUGUUCCCUUAGAGGAUGGCUGUGUUAGAAGAACCGCUUUCUAAUCUUGUACUGGGCAGAUUGUCUUUAGUUUCUAGAGCAGUUUCUCCUAACGCAGCUUUCAUUCCAUUUCAUUCACAAGGUGGGUAGCCGAGAGUAAUAUUCCACUAAUGUACAGUAAUCAUGAAUAUAUUUUAAUUGGUUUAGUUUAUGCAUUUAUCUCUAUAUUUGUACUAUGAUGUGAUCUUGUUACUAGAGCUUUUGAAUGUUUCCAAUAAAAUGUUAAAAUGGGUAGUCUUGCAUA